AUGGCGCGCAAAGGAGCCACAACCGGCCAAAGGAGGAUUUACAUGCCAAACAUGAGAGAUGAGGGAAAUCCAACCACAAUUCAAUCCAGGAGGGAUAGAAAAACAGUUCGGUCGAAGCAGAACUCAAUUGGCCCGAGUAAAAAGGAGAUAUCAACAUCACAACCACUCUCUCGGCCAGAAUCGACGAACCAAGCGACAAUGCUCGACCAUCUCCCAAACGGCACGACCGAAGUCCACCAAACUUCACAGGCGACCUCAAAACAUCAUUUUGGUCGGCAAAUCCAAAAGAUAGGACGAGAAAAAGUGCCUGCUACGUGA